AUGGGCUCUCAAACUGAUUAUGCUCGUCAAACGAUUCAUACCCCAGAGACCCCAUAUGAUCAUGAAUGGACCGAGAUUGAAUUGGGUCUCCGAAAUGAGCAGGUUCAUCAAAUUGUUCGUUCUAUGCUGGGCUCUCUAGCUGUUCGGAAUCAUCAAGCGGCUCGUAAACACACUCCAAAUGGACCUCAGAGCGGCAAAGAUCACACCUGUACCGCCACGAAACGCAUUCAUCGUGACAGAUGA